AGAUUAUUCACGAUAAUGACGACGACGAGACAUUUUAUGAUCGUUUUAUUGUUGAUCGAUGUUUCUUAUGCGUUCAACAAAUGCUGCCCCUCCGGUGGAGUUUUCACGUCGAAUUUGCAAGUGGUGAAUUGUUUUCCAACACCUUCCGAUGCCACCGAACUUUCCUUCGUCGAUUUCAACGAGGAUAAUGGAUAUCCUAUUAUUUGCGACCAACCCGAGUACAUCACCACGACGCCGCUCAAUCAAUUCAACUUUACGAAUUUCGUACAGAAGCCGUUCUGUAUCGAAAUUCUGCACGAACAAUCCACACCUCUGAACGUACCGAUACUCGUGCACUGUGAAUCGAACGAGGACAGAAACAAGAUGGGGCAACUUUCUUCCGAAUUCUUGCCAAAACCGCGAUUCUUAAAUAUUACUAGAUGCUGCUCGAACAACCAGGUUUUUAACUUAACCAGAGGGACCUGCGAAUCGUCUAUGAACGAAGAUGAUUUUUUAACGUUAUUCCCGAAAGACGAGCUGCGCUCUCGGAAUAUAGACAUAGUCUCGAUCGGUAAACGGUUGCUUAAAUGCCCAACCUCGACCGCUAUGUUUACUUAUGAAAUCGAUGCAGCGGACGUCACCAUCCUCGAUGAAUCUUUAAAGGUGAACGUGUGGAAAAACCAAAUCAUGGAGAGUUUCACAAUCACAGGGAGGAACUCGUGUCUCGAGGUAACGCCGGAUUUCCGGUCGAGACGGCGCAUAGCUGUUCGUGUCUGUAGAGACGAACACGUGUGCCGGGGAGACAACUGUGUGAAAAAGUGUUGCAAACAUGGGAGCACUAAAUCGUUAUGCGAAAUGAAUAAAAAACACGAGUUGAAUUUCUACGACGAGAUUUCGAAUAUCACUGGAACACCUCGAAAUAUCACAGAAUACGGGGUGAUGUUUAAAAUGAUUAAGUGUUCGGAAUUCUACCUCGAACCCAUGGAGAACCUGUUUGGAGUGACAUCGGAAGGAGAGUUGAAGCUAUUGCCAGACAAGUUAUACUUGCCGCAAGACAUUUACUGUUUGGAUGUGAUCUCCAGACAACAGGACAAUUAUGAGGAAAAAUUGUACGCCUUCAUCUGCUUCCCCGACACAACAUUGCAAGACAACAUCAGGAUUAUAGUUAUCACUACCUUGGGAAGCAUCAGUUUCAUUUGCUUACUAUUAACUCUGACCGUUUACGCUUGCCUGCCUGUACUUCAAAAUCUGCAUGGAAAAACUCUAAUGUCCCACGUGGCUAGUCUUAUGGUGGGAUAUUUUUGCAUUUCUAUAUCGCCUUGGCUGAAGGAUAUUGAACAGAGUUAUGUACUCUGUUCAUUUUCAGGAAUCUUGUUGUUCUUCUCCUUCCUGUCAGCUUUUUCCUGGUUGAACGUCAUGUGCUUCGAUAUAUGGCGAACAUUCGGGAGGUUGCAGGGUAAUCUCACCAGACCACGAAAACACGGCAAGAGGUUUCUAUCGUAUUGUCUAUACGCGUGGGGUCUGCCAAUAUUUAUCACGGCCUUUGCAUUUCUGGACGAUUACGUUCAUAUCCUGCCAGAGAAUCUUCGCCCUCAUUUUAACAAGCAAAAUUGUUGGUUCGAAACAAAUUUAGUAAGACACGGGGAGAUUCUUUACUUCAGAAGUGUGGUCAUGAUCCAGCUGAUAAUAAACAUAGUGUUCUUCAUCCUGACGGCAAAACAGUACAGCAUGGUGAAAGCAGAGAUAAAGAAGGUUACCAUGGACUCGUCAGAUCCAAGGAACAAACAAUUUCUCUCCAACAAGUCUAAAUUCAUCAUGAACGUGAAGCUGUUCAUCGUGAUGGGUAUACCCUGGAUAACAGAGAUGAUCUCGUCAAUGAUACGAAGGUACACCUUCUUCGUGUACGAGCAGGAAUUUUUCUACAUGACGGACGUAUUCAAUUGUCUCCAAGGAUUGUUGAUAUUUAUUCUGUUCGUGAUUAAACGUCGGGUUUGCGAGGCGUUGAAGAAACGGCUAGGCCUCGACGAGAAAAAAAAGUUUAGUCAAACUGCUCCCUCGCUUCAAGAUCCAUUCAAGAUAAGGAAAAGCGUGAGCAAUAGCACGUUAACGUCCACGUUCGCGAUUAGCUCGAUACCUUGAUCGAUCGUCGUUGAAAUUCUAUCUAUAUAGAAAUGCUAAUCGAUCCAAAGAAAUUAUAUUUUCUUUUUACACAGAGCCAUUUUUAUAUACUGAUAUACACGUAUACACUGUGAAUGUUUAUGUAAAUUUGUUAUUUCAGAAUCCGUUGAAAAGGAUGGAGAUAUUAUUUUAGAUAGAUAUACAAAUAUUUACAGUCUAGUCACAUAGGUGUCGUACUUUUUUUGAAAUUUUCCAAAUGCCAAAGAAGGUGUGCGUGCAAUUUUCCCUUUUUAAUUUCCAUAUCAAGUUUUAUCCUUUUUUUUUUUUUUUAGAUUUAAUUUGAACUUUCUUUAAUCUUGAUUCACUUUAGGAUCGCUUUCUUUCUACGCAAACACUCUCGAAAAUUUUACUAUUUUACUGCCACGUUAGUUGACGUUAGGAUCUUUCGCUUUUCUUUUCUUUUUUCUUUUCGUAGAAAAUCGAGAGUACAAAAGGAGGAGCCGG